UUUUGCUGUGAAUUACUUUUGUUUUAGUCCAUAAUAUUUGUUUAUAAAAAGACAUGUAAAAGAUAAAUCAAAAAGUCAAAUGAAUUAAACAGCCCAGGUUUUGAAAUUUAAUGGGUGACUGAAAAAAACCAUGAACUUUAUGAAGGGUAUGGGGAAACCAACACAAUAUGAAACUGUAGAGGAUAGGAAAGAUUUACGGAUACCUGUGCAAAGUGAAGAAGCAUUCGAACAUGGAAUAUCUUUUAAGUGCAAGUAUGUUGGUACAGAAGAGAUACCAAGACCAAAUAGCAGAGUAGAGAUUGUUGCUGCUAUGAGGAGAAUACGGUAUGAACACAAAUAUCGGAAUAUCAAGAAGCGCAAAGUUUUCAUGGAUAUUUCUGCUGAUGGUAUAAAGGUUAUAUUAAGAAAAAAGAAGAAAAAGAAUAAUCCAAUAAACUACGACGAAAGUAGUUUAUUUAUCAUGCAUUACCCGAUCAAUAGGGUGUUUUACGUGUCUCAUGACUCGCAGGAUUUAAAAAUUUUGAGUUACAUAGCCAGAGGUGAAGAUGGCGUUUUUCGUUGCAGUGUCUUUAAAGCAUUGAAAAAGUCUGAAGCUAUGCACGUGGUUAGAACUAUUGGACAGGCUUUUGAAGUGUGUCAUAAAAUCAAUCUUGGAAAGGAGAAAAUCACGAAUGUUGAGGAGAGCAAGAAAACAGCGGAUACUGUUACAAUUGACGAUGAAAAGAGUCCUGACGAAACAGACAUAGAUGAGGUUGAAGAAUCAGAUAUCGAUUCUCCGAUAAAAGGUCCAGAGAUUGUUCAACUUCAAAGGCCGGUAUCCACUUUGGUAACAGAUUUGGACAGCGUAAGAGAUUUAAAAGAUCUCCCUCCUCCGUUGAUAUUACCGCCAUCUUCAACAGGGCAGCCUGGACUACCAAUGCUAGUAAAUGGCGAACUGGGCAGUGAAAAGCAUGGUCCGUUCACUUUGCACCAACUCCAACAGCUUUAUCAUCAACAACUGCUUCAUCAAAUGCAAGAAGCUGAAAACAGUCGAAACGAACUUUCCACGAUACGAAAUCAACUCAAAGUAGAAAUGGACUCAAGGAUGCAGGCUCAACAUCAAGUGCAUCGUUUACUAGCUCAAAAUAGGGAACUUGUCGUCAUCGUGCAGAAACUGAUGUCUCAAGUGCAAGACAAGCACAAUAAAGACUCCUCAGAACCGUAUAACGAAACGUGGAUGUUAUCGCAGUUAUCAUCAAAUGCUACCAUAUUUAGUAGCUCGUCGCUCUUCCCAAACUCCACUUCUGGAAUGGGAACUUCAAACAACAUUGACUUUGAUUCACAUGUUUUUGAUAAUUCAAAUACAGGACCAAGUCCCCGUCACCCAGCCGUGAGCAUGUCGACUCCGAGAAAAGAUAUCACGUUCGAAGAUUUGGUUGGACGAAAUAUACCUUCGAAUUCCCACCACGUUAAUAGUCAUGCAGCAAAUACGUCAGUCGAUACCAACGUCAAGACGAACAAUUCUAGUCAAAACCCGUUCGGUAUAGACGAUAUGUACAAAUUUGCUUUCAACAGCACAGUCAAUACCACAGCUUCGUCUGAGAUGAACAUAAAAAACGACACUUCAGUUGUGAAUUCUGGUGGCACUUGAAACAUACCAAAGAUGUUAAUAUUUCCUUUUUAAGAAUGUCAUAAGAUCAAAUUGCUAUUGGCGGAGAUAAUGAGCCACGUACCUAAUACCCGUUCAAGUUCAGUUCUCACAAGUAAAUAAUAAUGAAGAAGAAUCCAAAUAUUGAAAAUAAUAGAAAUAGUUGCGUGUAUACGAAUUUUUUUAAACUAGCUGAGAAUGUUUUUUUCACGACAAGUUCUUUUGAAUAGAAAACCUGUUUGUGCUGUUAACAAAAAAAUCGAGACAAUUCGAAUAUUUUUUUUUCGCCUGUCUGUUUGUUCGUUGUUUCGUUUUGUCGUUGUUUUAGUUUAUACUUACUUAGUAUCAGUUUAGGUAAAACAUUUCUAUAAAUACAGAUUUUUUUUAUAUGCAUGACUGCGCGUGUUAUUUUGUUAAUUUGUUCAUAUUAUAUAUAUUUUACAUUUAUUACUUACCGCAUAAUUCCUUGUUUGCUACACCUCUUUGCCAAAAUGAUAGAGUAACUAUCUCCACAUCAACGAUUUUAAAAACGAGGCUAUAAUUAGCGCUAUAAUUUGUUAAAAAUUUGAUGUUGAAGUGACGCAAAACUCUCCUGUUUUCUCUACCUUCAUGUUUUCAAAGUUUUUUUGCAUCUGUUUUGUCGAGCAUUAUUUUUUUUACUAAUUUACCCAACGGACAAUCUUAACGAACAAUGAACCAUUCCUAUUUUUCAAUCGAAGGAGCUGCGAGGAGGGUAAAAUUGUUGAUUUGGCCUGAAAAUAAAAAGAAAGCUUCUAAAACUGUUCGUAGAUCCUUAAUGAAUCGGAUACAUAAAGGUGUUGCCGGCAAGAGCGAGCGACAUCGAACAAGUGUAAGACGUCUGUUUGCAGUUCAAUGUAUUUCAAAGUGUUUAUCAUAUGUUUUGUAGUAAGUUAUAUUUCAACAUGAAUAAAUGAAUGAAUUUUUUUAUACAA